AAAAAGGUACCUAUAGGCUACAGCGAAUGGCAUACGUGGUUCAGGUCACUUUCUGCCAGCUCCCCUGACAGCGCUAAGCAAGCAACCUCAAGUCUCCCGACUCCUUCGCCCGUCCUCGACUCUCGCCGUAUCAUCAAUCGCAACUCUUCCGACCUUCUCGACCACCCCCUUCCUCUUCUAGGGCCGUUGCUGUUGUCCGUAUCCGCCGUUUCCUCCACCCCCGGUCUACAAGAAAGACCCCGACCAUCGCGUGACCGUGCUCCGGUCCAUGAGGAGUCGCCAUCGUGCCCUCCCAUGUCCGAAAGAGGACGGAAGCCACCCUCGAGACAGCAUGCCGUUUCAAAUCGUUGCGCAGCCAACCUAGUCCCGAUUACUAUCUCUCCAUCUUUGGUUCGAUAGUUACAUUCGCCCACCAAACCAUCCCCCCUCUAAAAAAGAAAUCCGACUACAGUCCGGACUGCAUAUCAGUCCGCCCUCCCCUUCGCGAUGGACGCUCCAGCCACCGCCUCUCGACAGCCGACCGCCGAGGAACCCAGGAUGUCCCAAGAAUCGUCUCUCUCGACCGUUUCCACCACCAGUCUCGUCUUCGACCGCUUGCACGAGCAUAAUGAGAAGAGCUACCACUCUUCUUCCCAGCGCCGCCGCGCCCCGUCCGCCUCCCGUGGCGGCUACGCCGAUCACCCCUACGACGACGACGACGACGAGGAAAGGUACAAGGAGGCCGACACGAAUGACCUCGAGACGGGGCCCUUCCUCGCGCCCGCCAGCGUUAUGAUGCGCCGCGUGGGUGUCGAUCGCGGGCUGAAGAAGGUGAUACUGAUACUCGCCGCCGCCUUCCUCUUGGCAUGGGGAGCCGCCCUCUUCGUCUUCCUGUCCAACAAGUCGUAUAAGCACGCCAGCACCAUCGACCACGACCCGUCGGCGACCUCGCGCGGCUCCGGGAAGCCAGUGACGCUAGAUCAGGUCAUGUCCGGUUUCUGGUACCCGACGUCUCACUCCAUCAGCUGGAUCGAGGGGCCCAACGGGGAGGACGGCUUGCUGCUUGAGAAGGGCGCCCAGGGCAAGGGCUACCUCGCUGUGGAGGACGUGAGAUCCGGCAACAAGGACAGCCAGGUCUCGGCUGACGUCGUCCAGAGCCGUACCCUGAUGAAGAAUCCGUGGAUCAAUGUCGGUGGCCGGCAAUUGGUGCCCUCCGAUGCCCGCCCGAGCAAGGACAUGAAGAAGGUGCUCGUCUCGACCGACAGCCAGCGCAACUGGCGCUUCUCCUUCACCGCACUGUACUGGAUCUUUGACGUGGAAACCCAGACGGUCGAAGCUCUCGAUCCCGAGCACCCCGACGGCCGCGUGCAGCUUGCGACUUGGAGCCCUCAGAGCAACGCCAUCGUCUUCACCAGGGACAACAACCUCUUUCUGCGCAAGCUGGACGGUGACAAGAAGGUCACGCAAAUCACAAAGGACGGAGGGCCCGAGUACUUCUACGGCAUUCCCGAUUGGGUCUACGAGGAGGAAGUCUUCGCCGGCAAUAGCGCCACAUGGUACUCGGAGGAUGGCAAGUACGUCGCGUUCCUGCGAACCAACGAGACGGGCGUCCCAGAGUACCCCCUACAGUACUUCUUGUCGAGGCCCUCGGGCAAGGAGAAGCCUCCUGGCGAAGAGACGUACCCGGACGAGAAGCGCAUCAAGUAUCCUCGUGCCGGGAGCCACAACCCUGUUGUGGACCUCCUGUUCUUUGAUGCCGAGCGCGGCGACGUCUUCUCCGUCGAUAUCGACGGUGGCUUCGCGGACGACGACAGGCUCAUCAACAUGGUCCUCUGGGCCAACGACAAGGUCCUGAUCAAGGAGACCAACCGCGUGAGCGACAUCAUGCGGGUGGUGCUCGUCGACGUCGUUGCCCGCACCGCCAAGACCGUCAACACCAUUGACGUGGGCAAGCUCGACGGCGGCUGGUUCGAGAUAUCGCACACCACCCAGUUCAUCCCCGCCGACCCCGCCAACGGACGGCCGGAGGACGGCUACAUCGACACCGUCGUCCACGGCAACGGCGACCACAUCGCCUACUUCUCGCCGAUGGACAACGCCGAGCCCGUCUAUCUCACCGGCGGCGACUGGGAGGUCGACGGCGGGCCCUCCGCCGUCGAUCUGAAGAACAACCUCGUCUAUUUCGUGGCGACAAAGGAGUCCUCCAUCCAGCGCCACGUGUACAGCGUCCACCUCAACGGCUCCGACCUCAAACCCUUCACCGACACAAAGUUCGAGAGCUACUACGACAUCUCCUUCUCGAGCGGCGCGGGCUACGCCCUCCUGUCGUACAAGGGCCCCAAGAUCCCGUGGCAAAAGGUCGUCAGCACGCCGAGCAACCCCGUCAGCUACGAGCACGUCGUCGAGAAGAACGAGGACCUCGCCGAAAACGCCAAGAAGUACGAGCUCCCCAUCCUCAAGUACGGCACCCUCAAGGUCGACGGCGUCGAGCUCAACUAUGUCGAGCGCCGCCCCCCUCACUUCGACGAGAAGAAGAAGUACCCGGUCCUGUUCCAGCAGUACUCCGGCCCCGGGUCCCAGAGCGUGAACAAGAAGUUCGCCGUCGACUUCCAGUCCUACGUCGCCUCGGCGCUCGGCUACCUCGUCGUCACCGUCGACGGCCGCGGCACGGGCUUCAUCGGCCGCAAGAACCGCGUCCUCAUCCGCGAGCACCUCGGCUACUGGGAGGCCCGCGACCAGAUCGCCGCCGCCCAGGCCUGGGCCGCCAAGAAGUACGUCGACCCGGCGCGCAUCGCCAUCUGGGGCUGGAGCUACGGCGGCUUCAACACCCUCAAGACGCUCGAGAUGGACGCCGGCCGCACCUUCAGCUACGGCAUGGCCGUCGCCCCCGUCACCGACUGGCGCUUCUACGACUCCAUCUACACGGAGCGCUACAUGCGCACCCCCCAGCUCAACCCCUCGGGCUACGACCAGACCGCCGUCUCCAACGUCUCGGCCCUCGCCGGCAACGUCCGCUGGCUCAUGAUGCACGGCGUCAGCGACGACAACGUCCACUACCAGAACACCCUCACCCUCCUCGACAAGCUCGACCUCAACGGCGUCGAGAACUACGACGUCCACUUGUUCCCCGACAGCGACCAUGGCAUCUACUUUCACGGCGCCAACAGGAUUGUCUUUGAUAAACUCAGCAACUGGCUCAUCAACGCCUUCAACGGCGAGUGGCUCAAGGUCGCCGACGCGAAGCCCAUCGCCAAGCCCAAGGUGAAGGUGUAGAGAGUGGCGCCCGUCAUUGUAUCAUCUCUAUAGUGCGAUUUCUUUAUUUUUAUAUCUUUAUAGUAUGGAGUUUUAGGGGGGGAAGGUUGCGAAAGACCAAUUUCCUUUUUUUUUUCCUUUUACUAUUAUGAGAGUUCUUUUAUGCAUCUUCCGCCUGUUGGCGGGCAUCCAAUAGAGAAGGCCGUACGUGCAUGCGCACUGGGCGUACAAAGCGUGCCGUUGUUGACUAAUUACUACGGAGAGCACAAUGCCGCCCCUCCCCAAAACCUAAAUUCAUCAAAACUUUUCGUGAAUGGUAUCAGUGAGCCGGUGGAAUGCCAUUGUCUCGUUUACCUGCCCGUUUGAAUUUUUUUUCCCCCCGACGGAAAUAGGACGCUUUGC